AUGUUCGGACGCAAGAAGCACAGCGAGGAUGAAGAGGUAGCAGCAGCGGGAGAAACAGCACGCACCCCGUCCUCCUCCGACGGCACCCUCACAAACGACAAUCACUUCUGCCGCCACGACCACAGACAACUCAGCAAAGCUCAAAUCAAACGCGCAACCCGACCACGAUUGGGCUGGGCUCUGUUCUCCUCCUUCUGCCUGUUGGUUUCCGUGGUCUUCCUCAUCCUGGUCGAAGUCGGCAACACCCAAAUUGGCAGCAUCGUCAAUGACAUUUACUUUCUCAAAAUCGAUGUGUCAGACAUCAUCCCAGUUUCCGUCCCAGACGCUGUCUUGAUCAACAGUAUCGCGCAGACAUUGGGUCUGCAUGACUUUUACACAGUGGGACUCUGGGGUUUCUGCCAGGGAUACAAUGGACCAGGCGUAACGGAAUGUUCGAAACCCCAGAAUCUGUACUGGUUCAACCCGGUGGAGAUUCUACAGAGGCAAUUAUUGGCCGGCGCAACGAUCGCCCUCCCCUCUCAAAUCAACACCAUCCUCGACCUCAUCCACAUCAUCUCCAACAUCAUGUUCGGCCUCUUCCUCACAGCAGCAUGCGUGAAUUUCAUCAUGAUCUUCGUCGUUCCCCUCUCGGUAUACUCCCGCUGGAGCAACCUCCCCAUAGCAAUUCUCGUCUCCAUCAGCGUGCUUCUCACAGCCGGCGGAGCAAUCAUCGCAACGGUCAUGUUUGUCAUCUUCCAAGUCGCCAUCACUGCCGCAACAGACCUCAACAUCAAAGCGAAUAUUGGAAUUGAGAUGUUUAUUUUCAUGUGGAUUGCUGCCGUGGCGGUCGUGUUGGCUUGGUUUACGCACAUGGGAAUGUGCUGUUGUUGUGCUACAAGGAGGGAUGUGAAGACGGGGAGGAAAAGGGGAAGUAAGAAGGCUUACAAUCGGUCAGAUCAAAGGACGGAGAUUUUGGAGGAGAAAUCCACGAWAAAAGAAAGGAGUGUUACACUGCCGACUUUUGGGAGGAAGGGAAAAUGA